AUGUCUGGCCGCGGCAAGGGCGGGAAGGGCCUGGGCAAGGGCGGCGCCAAGCGCCACCGCAAGGUGCUGCGCGACAACAUCCAGGGCAUCACCAAGCCCGCCAUCCGGCGGCUGGCCCGGCGCGGCGGCGUCAAGCGCAUCUCCGGCCUCAUCUACGAGGAGACCCGCGGGGUGCUCAAGGUGUUCCUGGAGAACGUGAUCCGGGACGCCGUCACCUACACGGAGCACGCCAAGCGCAAGACGGUCACGGCCAUGGACGUGGUCUACGCGCUCAAGCGCCAGGGCCGCACCCUCUACGGCUUCGGGGGCUGAGCCCCCGGCUUCCCAGCUCGUUUCCUACUGAGAACUAAAGGCCCUUUUCAGGGCCCCCACUCUUUCAUCCGAGGAGCCCUGACGCUAGUUUCCCUUUAGCUUGUGUUAGAUUGCGGCCUUGAAAGAUACACCCAUUCCCUUAGAAGAAAGUUUCUCUGUACAACUAGAGAAGAGACGGGUCCUGUAGUUUUCCAUGUUUUCACGCAGGGGUUUGGAGAGUUGUAUUAAGUUAAUAACACUGGCACUUUAUCAGACGGUGGAACGUUAAUUGGCGUGCCAGCUGGAAGGAAACGGGUUUAGGACUUGAGCAGAACGGCUUUCUCGGUAUGGACGGAGUGCAGGUUUUGGGGUUGAAAACAAGAACAGCAGGUCCCUCCGCGCUGAAUUCGUGAGAAGGCGCGUUUCCGUGGACACAAGGCCUUACAAUUUAGUCCUCUCCAUUCUGGUGCCAGGUGUCCUCUGCUCAAGAAACAUAAAUGAGUGUUAAGUAGACAAUUGGAGAGCAACAGUGUGACAGGUGCUGAGAGACCAAGCAUGUGAUGCGCCCUGGACGCCGGUCCUGGUGUUCCCUGGGAGUGGAGACUGGAAGCCCCUGGAAGACUUACCAGGCCGAUACGCCACAGAGCAGUUGGUGAGGGUGGGAUGCAGUUAAAAGGCCUGUCAACUAAAUGAUAAGGAAAACAAGGUUGCAUUACAGAAAUGUUGCUGUGAGAAAAGGCAGCCCCUAGCCCACGAGAGCUGCUAAAAGGGAUCCUUGGCACAGAGUGCAAAAGGAAUUAAACACACGGGAUUAGGCCGUAAAUCCAGACCUAUGCUCCACGUAGUUUUUAGGAUUCUCCCAGAGGGGGUCUUAACUAGAGAAGGGAACCCAAAGUCAAAGGGGAAGACUUGGGUGUUGGUAGGAAGGUUGGCUAUAAUGCAGGUACAGACUAAAGUAGCAAUUGCCCACACGUAUAUAAAAAGGGUAAGCAAUGAUGAGAUGUAUACAUUUUAAAGCUGAACUUAAAAACUUUCAACAUCUUGUCUCACCACGUUUUAACCCUUGGAAGGUCAAAUGCUAAAUGUGCAAGUAGCCUGGCUCAGGAAUGUUUCCUCAAGGACCCUAGAGGCAUCUCUGAAAUACAGUGCUGUCUUUUCUUAAUGAUGGUGAGCUCCCAUUUUCCUGGGAAGACUUGGGCCCAACUGCAGCUAACAUAAGGCUCCAAAUUGCAACACUACAGUAUUUUAGAUGGGUUGUGUCCAUCUAGCUAUCCAACAGAGUGAGAUUUCUG